AUGGGGUUUAGAUUUUUUUCUGCUUCUCAUUUCUUAAUUUUCUAUUCUUCUGAAGAUGAGGCUACAAGAAUGGUAUACUAUAUAAGAUUGUCAGAAGCUAUUUUCAGUGGAACUCUUUCAGCUACACCAUCAAUUUCUUAGAACAAAAUAGAACCAAAAUCUUAAUACUUCAACUAAAUGCGCCAGAUGAGGUUUUUCAUUUCAAAGGGAGUAUAUUACUAUACUGAUACUACAGUUUCUAACUUGAGUAACUAGCCUUAUCUGAAAAAGAUGAUUGAUCUUGGAGAAUAUGUAAAUCUAUUAAAAAAUUAAACUGCUUUAACAAAGCAAACGAACUGGCUAUCUAAACUACCUAUCAAGUAAAUAAGCGUUCCUUCAUCUAUUCCUUCUUUGGUUACAUGUAGUCUUGGAUUUUACUGCAAUGUUUUUUAUUCAAACUACAGUCUGGAGAACACUUGUGCAGAUCUUUAUACUACAAAUAAAAAAUUCACAGUUUCAAUUCUAGUUAAAAAUGAUGUUGCGGGCUUACUUAAAAAUGUUUAGACAUACAACUAAAGCACUUAAAGUGUUCUAGAAGUUAAUAUUACUUUGAAUCUUACAGAGUAGAAGUAUGUCGGCUUCUACAACUUCUCUGUAUUCUAUCAAAUCUCUGAUGCAAUCAACUAGUUCAAUUAAAUUUAAAAUGACUUCAGUGUGAAUAUUACAAAUCCUUGCAAUGACGAUUUCAAAGUUUUAACUGAUCCUGUCUUUCCAAAGGAAAUUGAUAUGCCAGAAAUAAAAGAUGACUAAGGAGAUAGCUAUGAGUUAACUUAUCAAUCUAAAAUGGCUGACCUAUUUUUGAAGAUUAACGAAAAGUAAAUGACUAUCAAUGCCAUAGAAAGCGUGGUAGGAUCUUAAGAAGUAAUUGUGAUGCUAUUAGAUAAUAGCAUAUUCCCUCUUUCAAAUCAGUAUAAGUUCACAAUAUUAAUUACUCAAAACACCACCAAUUAAUACGAAUCUGUCUUAGUUCAAAAUACUGAUAUCUACUAAGAAUAUAAAUAAAGUCUAAAACUUAUGACGAUUGGAUUUAUUGAAGCUAAAAUUACAAAGAUAACUAACACAGGAUUGCUUACCAUUACAUUUGAUACUAAUCUUUAUGAAUCGUAUAACUUCACUCAGAAGAUAUAAAAGUCAAUUAAUAUAUCUAUUGAAUAUUCAGAUACUAACUCAGAGUAAAACUAAAAUUUUACUGAUUGGGACACAUUGAUAAUCAGGUUUAAUUACUACUUUGUCUUUUACGAUACCAGUUAGAAAUUAAUGAUGAAGAAAGGAUACUAAAUUAAAGGACACAUCCCUCCUUAGAUAUCUUCAAGUAUUAUCAUUGUUCAAUCAUAGAAUAUUUCAGGUCUAAAAGAUUUUUACGAUGGCAUUGGAUCAGCAAGCUCAAUUACAGUAUCUAGUUUUAUGGGUACUAAUCUAUUUAUCAACAUUUUGAUGUAUUGCUAAAUGAAUUUAACUAUUAUAGGUCUCAGAGUAUCCAACUACUAUGGGGAAUGA